UUUUUUGCAAACCACACUUGACAGCCUAUGAAGAAAACGGUUGACCAGUUUCAGGUACCAUCUUGUUUUUCGCAGGAGGGACCUUACCUUGAUUCACUGCAUGGAAAGAUCAAGACAACAAUACCUCACAGAGUCUUUCAGUUGUAGCCAAGUUGUUGUCGAGAUACCAGAUGUUCCGAUACUCUCUAUAAAUGUAUGGCCAUCACAUCCCUUUGUACAGUCCUCUAGCUAUAUUCAUGGAAUUCAGAGAAUAGAAACCCGAGGUAAAAGGACUUCCUGCUGCCAAGGGCCCGUUGAGCUAGCCGAACCGUUUCUGUUGAGUUAUGAUCCACAGCUGGCUCGUUGCCAGGCGAAAUUUGUCACGACAAUCUCGGGUCGAGAUAGGUUGCUUCCUGAUAGUGUUUGUUAGACCAUGCAAGCAGAGGGCACGUGGAUAGGGAUUCUUUUCGUCAUACGGAGCACUAUACUUAGUUCUCGCUAUUAUUAUUAUUAUUGUUAUUUUCUUGUCUUCUGGUCAGUUUCUUUUUCUUGUCCCCCUUUUUCAGCAUCAGUUCAGCAAUCCCCAUGGUUCAGACCCAAGUCGAGGUAUCAGAAUGCGCCUUUCUUAUUUUACCACCAUUCUCUUUGGGAAGAGAAACACCGGCGAUUCAGCCCAUAAUACGCGACAUGGGUACUGGGUACCAGCUGGUGUCUCCCUCCCCUGUGAGAACUGCGAUAGUGUGAAUGUUGCGAAUGCAUGAGAGCAAGCUUGGCUGGUUGGGUCGUGAGUCCCGCGAAACAUAGUCCACCCGCUCCUGUCAAGACUCUGAUGUUCCCUGGGGGCAGCUGUGCAAUUGUAGCUCUGAGUAUGGAGCACUUCGUAUGCCGCUAAAACUG